CAAAGCCGGCACUGAAUGACUGCAGAGGGGACUGUGCUCCGUCCGCUUGCAUAUAGGGAAUACAUGCUGUACUUAGAUCACUCGUAACGGUGUAAAAUGCAGGUCUCAAAUUAAUACAGAAAACACAGCCCAUGCAGUCCUCUUAACUUUUUGCUGUCUCUAUGGUCUCGCGCGCUGCUGUACUGAAAGAAUGCACCUCCCGGUGUCUAUGGUUCUGCCCUUCCCGUAUGCUUUACGAUCGGCCUGAUCGUGUGCGACGCUUUCCGGCUUCCGGGACACUUCCUAGGCACGAUGGCGUCGGGCAGUGGGGCUAAAAACCUGGACUUCCGCCGGAAGUGGGACAAAGACGAGUAUGAGAAGCUUGCGGAGAAACGGCUCACGGAAGAGAGAGAGAAGAAAGAUGGCAAACCAGUCCAACCUGUCAAGCGCGAGCUUCUUCGGCACCGAGACUACAAGGUGGACCUGGAAUCCAAACUGGGGAAAACCAUUGUUAUUACCAAAACAACUCCUCAGUCAGAGAUGGGAGGGUAUUACUGUAAUGUCUGUGACUGUGUAGUGAAAGAUUCCAUCAACUUCUUGGAUCACAUCAAUGGCAAAAAACAUCAGAGGAAUCUGGGUAUGUCCAUGAGAGUGGAGCGCUCUACACUGGAUCAAGUGAAGAAACGCUUUGAGGUGAACAAGAAAAAAAUGGAGGAGAAACAGAAGGAUUAUGACUUUGAGGAGAGGAUGAAGGAGCUCAGAGAAGAGGAGGAAAAGGCCAAAGCCUACAAAAAGGAAAAACAGAGGGAGAAGAAAAGGAGGGCCGAAGAAGACUUGACAUUUGAGGAGGAUGAUGAGAUGGCAGCCGUGAUGGGAUUCUCUGGUUUUGGCUCCACCAAGAAGGGCCACUGAUCAUCCAUGAACUUUCACCUAGAUGGAUAUUGUUUCUGCCCAUGAGAUACUUGAAAACCCUUGGAAGACUUUAGAGAAACUAUAUCUCAAUGUCCUGAUAGAAGUUGGUUGUAGGAGCCAGGAAGCAGUUCCAUACUCUUCCUGUGUGGGGCUGGCUACGCCCUGCGGUUGCUAGUAUCCUCCUGCCUGUAAAGAUAGCCUCACAGUUGCCUGUAUGGUGGUAAUCCUAAGUAUCAGAUAAAGAACUUUAAACUAGCAUUUCCCAUCCCUCAGGCUCCCCAUAGUAUUUGGGAGAUAAACCCAUUUUUUAAAAAAUAUUUUUUUUAACGUUUCAUUUCCUCUGAUGAGCUUGCAGUUGAAUGUUUCUUUUAGAGCCCCCCAUCUUUUGCCCUUGUCCUGCAGCUGCCUCUUUCCCUGGAUGAGGUCUGCUUGCUUUUCACUUUGUGUUGUAUGGCCUUGUGUGCACGAGAGGCACUCUGCUGGGCAUGUUUUCUCUGUUAAUAAACUGAUAAAAAUCC